AUGGAUCGUAACAAGUUGGAGCGACGCAAGUCGCUGACCCAUCCUUCUUUGCUUGACAGAAGUCUACAGAAAUCCAAACAAGAAGUCAGUCUCAGCAUUUUUGCUUUCCUUUUCUCCGAAAUUGUCCAGUACUGCCUGAGCUCAGCGAAGAAGGGCUACCGCAUGGAAGACCGGUUGCACGAGCUUGGGCUGCGUGUGGGGUACAAAAUACUCGAUUUGCUGGUCUACAGAGAGCGGCAUAAAAAAAGGGAGAUUAAAGUCCUCAGCAUCUUGACGUUCGUCUCAACCUGCGUGUGGCGGUAUCUGUUCGGCCACAGUGGAGAACUGCUCAAGGCACAGGACAACGAACUUGAGUACAUGAUAAACGACAAACAACUGCUUCUUAACAAAUUUAUCUCCAUUCCGAGGGACAUGAACCACGUCAACUGUGGCGCGUUCGCCGCAGGGAUAAUCGAGGGCAUUUUGUGUAGCGCAGAGUUUCCUGCAGCGGUUUCAGCUCAUACAGUGGAAGACACGCCAAAUACAAAAUCGACCACCUUCCUGAUAAAAUUUCUCCCAGAGGUGAUUGAGCGACAGAAGAGGUUGGGAGGAGGCGGCGUGACGGGAUGA